AGAGCUCUCUUUGCUGAAGCGGUAUUGCUGCAACUUUUAGACCAUUCCUGUUUUUUUUGCCUGAUUCUGGCAUUUCAAAUCACCAUCAAUGUCAUGGUUAACAUAUUAUCUUGGUCUUUUUCCUGGGCUGUUUCUGUUGCAGAGGGAUGUGACUUGCAAGGAGUACCAGAAGGUGGACAUGAUAAUUAAACUCCAGGACACAGUUAUACUUAAAUGUGCAUACCCAGAGAUGGGCAAAAUGAUCCAGUUGUCCUGGGAGAAGAAAGAUGGUGAUGCGAAGCACAAAAUUGCUGUAUAUAAUCCCAAACGGGGAGAGAAAAUUUUCUUUCCAUACAAUCAGAGUGUUACAUUUCUCUCAUCAUCUAUCAGUGGAGAUAUAAAGUUGAAGGCAACAGCUGCAGAUAAGGGCCUUUAUCAAUGCUCCAUUAAUACUUUUCCUGAAGGGGUGUUGCUGAAACACAUUGCAGUAAUAGACCCAGCAAAAUUUCCCAGAAGUCGGGCAGCAGACAACCGUGUGCAAAUUGUGCCAGGGAACAUCAUGACCUUAUCCUUUGGGUAUCCAAAUGUGGACAGCAUUAAACAGUUGACGUGGCAACGGAUGGCUGGAGAAGAAAUAAGUAUCAUAGUUGACAUCACACCUUCACAAUCAUUUAUUGGCUAUGACUACAAGCGAAGAAUCCAAUUUAUCAAGUCGCCUGAUCAAAAUAUCAGCCUGACCAUAGAGAAUGUGACAACGAAUGAUGUGGGAGUGUAUAGCUGCCAUAUUGACACAAAUAAUGGAAACUGGACCAAAACCUUUGAUGUUGAUGUGGAAGGUGAACAGUCAAAUCUCCCACCAACAAGAAAUCAUAUCACACCUAAAGUACUUACUGAAGCACAGAACCACCCAGCCAAAGCAGACAUAAAAAUGUUUCUAAUUUUUGGCGCAAUUGCUUUGGGAAGCCUUGUAUUGGUCAUCAGUGUUGUUACCAUAAUAUGUGUGUGGAGGAGCAAGAAACGGAAAGCAAACAACACACAGUUCCAAAAAGGCACCACUGAAAGACAUAACCAAAGAAGAGCCAACCCAAACAGCUAUACAAAUCCUGAUGUCUACGAUCGGCCAAAUUCCAGGGAUAUGGAGUAUCAGGAAGAAGCUAUUUAUGCCAAUCUGUAGGAUCUACUACUGAUUAGAUGACUGUGUAUCCAUCUUCAACUUCACUGGUCGAACUUCAUCGCUAUGAAUUGAACCCUUGUUUCAGCUUUCACUUUCUUCAUAAGUGAGGUGACUGUUGAACUCAUUCCAUCACAUAAUUAAACAGUGAACUUUAUUACAAUUCUUCAACAGGAUAAAGCAAGGAACGAUGUGCUUUCUUCUCUUAAAUUCUAAAAGUGCUCCAUUCGUUUUAUUCUUAAGUUACAACCAUUUUUAAAACAUUUAACUGGUAAAUGUAAUAAUUUCAAGACAUGAUGUGUAUAUUUAUAAACUUGCCAAUUGAGAACUGAUUAGAUAUAUUAGCUUAGCGACAUACAUAAUAGAAAACAAAACUCAGAUUAAGCUGGUCUUACAAUCCUUAAAUAUUUUACAGGUAUAUAAAAACUUGUUUGCAGCCACCGGAUGAAUUUUAUUUUCUUAUUUAAUAUUUCAAUAUUUGAAUUGUCACCAAAUAUAUGAGGCCAGAGAAACUAACGGUUGUCAUGUUACCAUAGAACAGACCAAGUGCCAAAAGAAGGGAUUUUUACUAGAUUGGAGUUAUUGCACACCACCAUAUUGUUAACUCUGUUUGAUUGUUGUUUCCUCAAGGAAUAUUUAAUUUGACCUAGUAACUCAUGUGCCACUGUGUAUAUUUUGUCUACCUUAUUAUUCAACUAUGCUCAUUCUCAAUUGGUCAAUUUUCACAGGCAUCAGAUAUCUGUGUGAGAUCAGAUUUUAAAAAUACCUUUCUUUUCUGGUAGCUCUAAGGUACAGUACAGAAAUCAGAGCCCUUACCAAGUAGACACUAGGCAGGAGAGGGAAGCAGGUGGCAAAAAAAAACAGCAGCAAGGUCUUGAGGAAAGUUUUGAAAAUAGGGAGGGAGGUGGGCUAGAUAAAGAUAUCAAAUAAGGAAGAUGCAGGGAAAAGAUCUGAGGCUUCAUGAAGCGAUUGUCCAAGUUGCUAAAAUGUUGGAAGGGUAGAAAGUAGGUAGAGGUGGAGGCAAGAGUAAGCUGAAGGUGUAUACAACUAGAAACAUUUGGAUUUAAAUCUGAAUGGGAGCCAUACCCAAAAGAAUGUAAAUGUUUAUAGAUAUCAAAAUUGGCUGGCAUCUCUUUGCUGAUACUUAGUUAUGAAUGAUCUAAGGCAGGUAUCAAGGCAUCUGGAGCAGCAAAAUGAUCCCUUAUUAUGCCUGUGCAAGAUACGUGAUUCUCAUGAGGUCUCUGUUUCACAAGCAGGGCUACUUGAGGAAUUUGGGCUGAAAAUGUGUUGCUGGAAAAAUGCAGCAGGUCAGGCAGCAUCCAGGGAACAGGAGAAUCAACGUU